ACCAAGCCUCCCUCUAGGAAUGGCACUCGCCUGAGAGCUUCCCCGCGCAGAGCUCCUGUAAGCCGCCAGGGCUCAGAGGAGAGAACAGAGGGGCUAUUGGGAUACAAAUUACAGCCCUCGCAGGAUUUGCCAGGCACACCAGCCAGCAACUGAGAAGAAGGAUAUUGAGAAGGAAGAGAGACAGGGCUCAAGAGCAAUAAUGGCUGAUGACCAAGACCUUUCAGAGGUGGAAAUGAGCCCGGUAGGCUCUGAAGACCACCACUGUCUGUCGCCGGGACCCUCCAUGGCAUCAGACAACUCUCCUCACCUUGCUGGCUCUGGAAAUGGAGAAAUGGGCAAGGUCAAGAAGGAACAACAAGACUCAGAGGCGGAUGAUGACAAAUUCCCUGUGUGCAUCCGGGAGGCGGUCAGCCAGGUGCUGAGCGGCUAUGACUGGACCCUGGUACCCAUGCCCGUUCGGGUCAAUGGAAGUAACAAGAGCAAACCCCAUGUCAAGCGGCCCAUGAACGCCUUCAUGGUAUGGGCACAAGCUGCCCGGAGGAAAUUGGCUGACCAGUACCCGCACCUCCACAACGCAGAGCUCAGUAAGACCUUGGGGAAGCUGUGGAGGUUGUUGAAUGAAAGUGACAAGCGGCCCUUCAUUGAAGAGGCAGAGCGGCUGAGGAUGCAGCACAAAAAAGACCAUCCUGACUACAAAUAUCAGCCACGCCGGCGGAAAAAUGGCAAGGCCACACAAGGCGAGGGUGAAGGCCAAGUAGAUGGGGAAACUGGUGGGGCUGCCGCUAUCCAGGCCCACUACAAGAGCACCCAUCUGGAUCACAGACAUCCUGGGGAAGGGUCACCCAUGUCUGAUGGGCACCCAGAACACUCCUCAGGUCAGAGCCACGGGCCCCCCACACCUCCUACCACCCCUAAGACUGAGCUGCAGGCAGGCAAAGCCGACUCCAAACGAGAAGGGCGUUCUCUGGGGGAAGGGGGAAAGCCACACAUUGACUUUGGCAAUGUGGACAUCGGGGAGAUCAGCCAUGAAGUGAUGUCCAACAUGGAGACCUUUGAUGUCAAUGAAUUUGACCAAUACCUGCCGCCCAAUGGACAUGCUGGCCAUCCAGGCCAUGUUGGGGGCUACGCAGCAGCUGCGGCUGCUGGCUACGGCCUAGGGAGUGCCCUGGCUGCAGCCAGCGGACACUCUGCCUGGAUCUCCAAGCAACAUGGAGUCUCCUUGUCCACUGCCACGUCAUCGGUGGUGGACUCCAAAGCGCAGGUGAAAACAGAAGGGUCUGCCCCUGGAGGUCAUUACACUGACCAGCCCUCCACCUCCCAGAUAGCUUACACGUCCCUGAGUCUGCCUCACUACGGUUCAGCCUUCCCCUCCAUCUCCAGGCCCCAGUUUGACUACCCUGACCACCAACCCUCAGGACCCUACUACAGCCAUUCCAGCCAAGCCUCUGGCCUCUAUUCUGCCUUCUCCUAUAUGGGACCUUCCCAACGUCCCCUUUACACUGCCAUCUCUGACCCUACACCCUCCGUGCCACAAUCCCAUAGCCCCACACAUUGGGAACAGCCUGUGUAUACGACUCUCUCCAGACCAUAGGGAACGGGGAACAGUGACCAAAACAGCGACAGAAAGGCUCUGAAGAAUCAGCACAGGCAGAAGAGCCUCCGAACUCUGAGGUCAUUCAGUGUCAUCCAGCCACCAGAACCCACUGAGUAUCUGGAAUUGCCUUUCUUGACCCCAGCUAUCGCUGGCUCACCCGCCUACAGGAAGGUUUUUCGUCCUUUUGCCCUUACCAAUUUCACGCAGGCCAUCCGACUGGCUUGCAACACUUUAUUGGCCUUCUAGAUGAGGAGGAUUCUAGACAUGGAGUGACUGGUCUGUGGUGGGUUUCAUUGUGUGCACCCUGGACUGUAAGAUAAGACAGACUCUCCUUUUCUUCCCCUCCCCAGACUGCUCCAGUGAGUUAGCAAAUGUUUCCAAUAGGCCACAAUGGUCAACUCUUUGUCACCUGCUGUGGGUGAAGGGUGGUUGCUUAGGCACCUUGGUGAACAUGUUACGGCAGGAGUAGUAGGGAGGACGCACAGCCGGCUUCCUUGAGAUCAGUGUUGUGCAGCAGUCCUGCCUAAGAUUCACACAUGCAGGAAUCUUGAUCCCCGUUGGAAGACCAACUUAUGCUUGCUUCCCCGCUCAUUUCCACAGCUGCACCCUAGCUU